AUGGAUUUAAGAGUUGGAAAGAAAUAUCGUAUUGGUCGUAAGAUUGGUUCAGGAUCAUUUGGUGAUAUUUAUUUAGGUACUAAUAUCAUUAGUGGUGAAGAAGUAGCCAUUAAAUUAGAAAACAUCAAAGCCAAACAUCCUCAAUUAGAAUAUGAAGCGAAGGUUUAUAAAGCUUUAAGUGGUGGUGUUGGUAUCCCAUUUGUAAGAUGGUAUGGUACUGAAUGUGAUUAUAAUGCUAUGGUUAUUGAUUUAUUAGGUCCAUCUUUGGAAGAUUUAUUUAAUUAUUGUAAUCGGAAAUUUAGUUAUAAGACGGUAUUAUUAUUAGCAGAUCAAUUAAUUUGUCGUAUUGAAUAUAUUCAUGCCAGAUGUUUUAUUCAUCGUGAUAUUAAACCUGAUAAUUUCUUAAUGGGUAUUGGUAGAAGAGGAUCUCAAGUUAAUGUGAUUGAUUUUGGAUUAGCUAAGAAAUAUAGAGAUCCAAGAACUCAUUUACAUAUUCCAUAUCGUGAAAAUAAAAAUUUGACUGGUACUGCCAGAUAUGCUAGUGUCAAUACUCAUUUAGGAAUUGAACAAUCAAGAAGAGAUGAUUUAGAAAGUUUGGGAUAUGUUUUGAUUUAUUUCUGUCGUGGAUCAUUACCAUGGCAAGGAUUAAAAGCUGCUACUAAAAGACAAAAGUAUGAUCGUAUUAUGGAAAAGAAAAUGACAACUCCAAAUAAUAUUUUAACUAAAGGUUUACCUAAUGAAUUUUUAGAAUAUAUGAAUUAUAUUAAAACUUUAAGAUUUGAUGAUAAACCUGAUUAUCCAUAUUUAAGAAAAUUAUUUAGAGAUUUAUUUAAACGAGAAAAUUAUCGUUAUGAUUAUGUGUUUGAUUGGACUUUAUAUAAAUUUCAACAAGAAAAACAAAGACAACAAGGUAAGGUUGAAAAUGGUGAAAAUAAUAAUAAUGAUAAUGAUAAUCAACAACAAAUCCAAGCCAUAACUCAACAACAACAACAACAGCAACAACAACCACAAAUGCAAUCACUUCAAGCCCAAGCUGCUCCACCUCCACCACCUCCCCCAGCUGCUGUGGCUGCAGUAUCUCAAGUAGUACCACAACAACGUCAACAAUCUCCCCAACAAGUUCCUGCUGAACUUCAACAUUAUCAAAGACAACUUCAACAAGAUCAACAACAACAACAAUUUAAUUAUGAUAAUAAUCAAUAUCAAAGUUAUCAAGCCAAUCGUACAAAGAUAACUUCUAAUGAUAAAGCUACAUACCAAUCUCAACAACAACAAACUCCUCAACAACAUAGUGGUAAUACUUGGAUUUAA